AUGGUCAAGAUAAGUGAAAUUAAUCGUACCUCAACUUUCGCAUGGAGUCUGGACAGUCUUCCAUUGUUGGCCACGGGAACUGUUGCGGGAGCUGUCGACAUUGAUUUCAGCUCUUCAGCUACUUUGGAGAUCUGGGACGUUUUUUCGCAAACUAACAAGAAGGAACCACUUUUUUCGGCAUCUGUGGAUAAUAAAUUCUAUGCAUUGGCAUGGUCGAAACCAUUUGAAGGAAAAGACAAGGGGUUGUUAGCGGGCGCUUACGAGAAUGGAACUGUUGAGUUUUGGGACGUUGCCACGUUGCUCAAGACCAAGGAUCUUGCCAAAUCGUCCGUCCACAAGUCUGAUAAACAUACUGGUGCUGUCAAGUCCUUGCAAUUCAACCCUAUCCAACCACACGUUCUUGUUACUGGAGGUUCCAACGGACAAAUUUUUAUAUGGGACACGAAAACUUUUAGUGAGCCUUUUGCACCGGGUCAAGCAAUGACUCCAAUGGAUGAAAUAAGUAGCAUUGCUUGGAAUAACUCGGUCAGUCACAUUUUUGCAAGCACGGGCAACAGCGGUUAUACCUCCAUUUGGGAUCUUAAAUCUAAAAAGGAAGUGUUGCAUCUUUCAUACAGUGGGCCGGGAGGUAGAGCAAAUUUUUCCCAUGUUGCAUGGCAUCCAACAAAGUCUACUCAAUUAGUGACUGCUAGCGACAAUGACUCUUCUCCAUUGAUUUUGACCUGGGAUUUAAGAAACUCCAAUGCUCCAGAGAAGGUGAUUGAAGGACACAAAAAAGGUGUUUUGUCAUUAGACUGGUGUAAACAGGAUCCAAACUUGCUCCUUUCCUGUGGUAAAGACAAUGCAACUAUAUUAUGGAACCCAAUCGAAGGCAAAAAGUUGGUAGAGUUUCCCACUACCGCAAAUUGGGCAUUCAAGACUAGAUUUGCUCCAUCAGCACCAGAUAUUUUUGCCACAGCUUCCUUUGAUGGCAAAAUAAACAUUCAAACUAUUCAAGACACGUCGCCCCCCGUCUCAGCAACGGUCAAUGCCUCCAGCAAUGACAAUGACUUUUGGAACGAAAUCUCAGUCACAGAAACACAGCAGCCUGUUUUUGAAAUCAAACAGACCCCAUUAUGGCUCAAGAAUCCUGCUUCUGUUUCUUUCGGAUUUGGAUCGAAAUUAGUAUCCGUUGAGACUGUGAAUGGAAAGUCGAUCGUCAAGGUUGAGAGAUAUCUGGCUGGAUAUAAAAAGGAGCUCAGUGACUUUGAAAAUUUGAAAAAUGACAAGUACGAAUCGAUCAUUGAAUCAAGGCUAAACGAUGGUACUGUCAAAGGUAAGAACCAUUCUGAUUGGGAGAUUUUGGAUACCUUUUCAAAAAGAGGAAAAGAUGGAUUGUUUGAGUCUGACGUUGAAGAGAAAGAAAGCAAUGCUGAGGAUAAAAGUGUUUCUGAAAAUAAAGAGUCCUCUGAGGAGACAACACGUGCCACUGCUGGAGAUGAUGAUUUCUUUGCGCAUCUCGGUAAUGGCAAAGUGAAAACAAAUGAAGACGAGUACGUUCCCUCUGGAAACUUUUCUAUCUUCCGAUCAAAUGCGUCCGAGGCAGACAAGAAGUUGAUAAAUUUAAUUUUGAACAACAAGAUCGAAGAUGCAGUGCACAGUUCCUUAAAUCAAAAGAAAUUGGCGGAAGCGUUGGUGUUAGCAUUAGAUGCGUCUAAAGAAGUGAAAGAGAUUGUAAGAACCGCAUAUUUCAAAAAGAACAAGGAGGAUAGCUUGGCAAGAGUUAUCUAUAACGUGUCAUCGAAGAACGUUACCGAUCUUGUGGCUCAUGCUAAUGUCCGCGAUUGGAAGGAGAUUGCUAACGGAAUCAAGGCAAUUGCCACCGACUCGGAUGAAUAUGGCGACAAGAUGUCUGAAUUAGGAGACCGCAUUUUAAGUGCAAACGAUGGAGAUAGGGAAGAUGCCAUUACGUGCUACUUGGCUGGUGGUGCUUUGAACAAAUUGGCUAAUCUCUGGUUGCAAGAGUUGCCGGAGUACGAAUCUGAAUUGUUGAAAUCAGACGCUUCAAAAGUCUCUUCACCUUCUGAAGCACGUUUGCAUGUCUUGACAAACUUUGUUGAGAAAAUUGCUACUUACAAGUUCUACUCUAAAAUAGAUGGUGCAAUUGUUGGUCCACUGGCUGAGGCUAUUUCCAGGGCUUUGUUGGAAUAUGCAAAUCUUGUCGCUGGAUCUGGUGAAUUUGAAUUAGCAGAAAAAGUGUUGCAAUUAUUGCCUAAUGAACUUGCUGGUGUUGAGAAGGAGAGAAUAGUGAAAGCCACUGGCAAGGACAUCACGAAUGCGACUAUCACAGCGGGUGUGACCAAGUCAUCUUUGAGAGCUACUGCUAGUGAUCAAAAGGCACUGAGACAACUGUCUGUUGCCAAAGCAAGAACCUCGUACCCAGCUGCACCCAACGCCGGAUCCCAGCAAUUUCAAACUCCCUCCGUGCCUUCUGCUCAGCAACCAACUGGGUUUCCAUAUCCAACCCCUCCAUUGCCUCAACAAGCGCCAACUGCCUUCCCUCAGCAGAGCUAUCCAUCUGCAGUACCCAAGCCAAAUCCUUACGCAAAAUCAAACCCAUACGCACCUACAAACAUCUACAAGGCAGCAUCUCCUGUUUCUACUCCGGCUGCAUCCAAUCCUUCAGGUGCAACUCCCCCACCGCCUCCAAUGAUGGGUUCUUCAUCAAAUGUUAAGAACAACAAGCUGGAAACUGAUGGAUGGAAUGACUUGCCUGAAACAUUCAAACCAAAAACAACCGCCCCACGAAGGGCCGCUGCUGCUGCUGCGGUUGCCACCCUUCCUGCGCCUGCUGCUGUAGCCCCGCCAACGAUGCCGCCACUUCCAACACAGUCGAAUCAUAGCAGUUUCAACAACUCCUUUGCUCCACCAAAGAGAACGAUUUCCACCACUGGUUUUGCUCCCCCACCAAAAACCGGUAGCCGUAGCACAUCAAGAAGCUCAGUCCCAACUCAGCAAACUGCAUCUCCAAAGCCUGCUCAUGCUCCAGCUCCAGUUUCUGUUCCAACAACCAAAUAUGCACCACCACCAGGUUCUGUCCAACCAUCACAGCCAGGACUUGCUAAUUUUGGGGCUUCUCCAGUUGUAGCUACUUCGCAUCUUACUACUGCAAAGAACCCAUAUGCUCCGUCUAAUGAACAAUCAGUCCCAGCAAAAGUGCCAUAUGCAUCCCCUCCAUCAUUGGCCUUCUCGAGUCAACCCGCUGCUGGAGCUGCUGCUGCUGGAGCUGCUGCUACUGCACCACCACCGCCACCACCACCAAAGAACCCAUAUGCACCACCUCCUUCAGCGCAAAAGAGCACUGCCCAAUUGCCACAAGUUGGAGCACCUGACAUAGGCUCAAAAUUUGGAACAGCUGCCCCACCUCAACAACCUUUUGGAAUAAGUCUGGGUGCCGUGGCUCAACCGCAAUUCGCGCCAGUAGCUCCACCACCAACAGGGCCAGCACGCCCUCCUGUAUCGCUGAGGGAACAACCGUCUGCUGCGAGCGUUCCACAAGCAACUCCACAAACUCCCAAGCAUCCACAAGGUGAUAGAUCGCAUAUCACUGACGAGUUGAAACCAAUUUACACUUCCUUGACCACGGUGAUUGAAGCAAUCAAACCAAAUAUCCCAGAAAAGUUUGCUAGACAUGGUGCUGAUAUGGAGCAUAGAAUUAAUAUCUUGUUUGACCAUUUGAAUAACGGUGACUUGACCCAACCCCUCACCGAUUCCUUGAAGGAGGUUAGCUCGCAAUUGGAAAACAAGCAAUUUGACGAAGCCAAGGCUAUCGAUGUUGAAAUUGCCACUAAUUUUACUGAUGAGUUGGGUAACUGGCAUACCGGUCUCAAGCGUCUCAUUACCAUGGCAGAGGCGAUGUAUUAG